AGCACUGCAGAUGGACUAAAGCAGCCUCACUCACUGCACUCCCAUCCUCCUCCCCUCCACACACACGCACGCACACGCACCAUGAAUCCAUGCCUCACCAUCACCCUCUGCAUUCAGCCCUGAUCCACCGACAGAAUCCACCUGAUUUCCUCUCACUCUUACCGCCGCUUUUUUUAUUAUUCACAUCACAGUUGUUAUAUCUGUGCGGAUCCAGCUGCGGAAUGAAGUCGCUGCUUUUCUCGGCACUGCGGGACAAAGCCAUGAAUCCCUGGCUGCUCUUCGCGCUGCUCGGUCUCUGUUCAGCCAUUGGGCCCAGUAAACAGGAAGAUGAAGACUAUGAGGAUGUACCCAUAAAUAAAACCUGGGUGUUAUCGCCAAAGGUCUAUGAGAGUGACGUGACUUUGAUCCUCAAUAAACUGCUGCAGGGCUACGACAACAAACUGCGGCCUGACAUCGGAGUGCGGCCCACAGUGAUCGAAACAGCAGUUUAUGUCAACAGUAUCGGACCAGUGGAUCCCAUCAACAUGGAAUACACCAUUGACAUCUUCUUUGCCCAAACAUGGUAUGACAGCCGACUGAAGUUCAACAGUUCGAUGAAGCUGCUCAUGCUUAACAGUAACAUGGUAGGCAAAAUCUGGAUUCCCGACACCUUCUUCAGGAAUUCCCGAAAGUCAGAUGCCCACUGGAUUACAACUCCCAACCGACUUCUGAGGCUGUGGAGUAAUGGGCGAGUCAUGUACACACUGAGGUUGACUAUUAAUGCGGAGUGUUACCUUAAGCUGCAUAACUUUCCAAUGGAUGAGCACUCGUGUCCGCUGGAGUUUUCAAGCUAUGGUUAUCCAAAAAACGAGAUCACAUAUCGGUGGCAGAGGCGGGCAGUGGAGGUGGCCGACCAGCGUUACUGGAGACUCUACCAGUUUGCUUUUGUAGGCAUGAGGAAUACCACCGAUGAGGCACACACUCAAUCAGGGGAAUAUGUCAUAAUGACAAUUUUUUUUGACUUGAGUCGACGGAUGGGCUAUUUCACCAUUCAGACGUACAUUCCCUGCAGCAUGAUAGUGGUCUUGUCCUGGGUGUCCUUCUGGAUUAACAAGGAUGCCGUCCCAGCUCGGACAUCUCUAGGAAUCACUACAGUCCUCACUAUGACAACUCUGAGCACCAUCUCCAGGAAGUCUCUGCCGAAGGUUUCCUACAUCACUGCCAUGGAUCUCUUCGUCUCCGUCUGCUUCAUCUUCACCUUUGCCGCUCUCAUGGAGUAUGGGACGUUGCACUACUUCACCAGCAACCGGCAGACCAAGAAGUCUAAAGCCAACAACAGUGCACAGCAGAGAGUUCCCAGCAUGGUAAAUAUCCGACCUGGAACGUCCCUGCUGCAGAUGAACAACAUCGUUCCAUAUCACGAGGACGACGACUAUGCCUACGAUUGCUUAGAUGGAAAAGACUGCGCCAGCUUCUUCUGCUGCUUCGACGACUGCCGAUCGGGAGCCUGGAGAGAAAACAGGAUGCACGUUCGAGUUUCCAAGAUUGAUUCUUACUCGCGGAUAUUUUUUCCAACUGCUUUUGGCCUUUUUAAUCUAGUUUACUGGAUUGCUUAUCUUUAUUUAUAAAAGAAAAUGUCUAUUUACAACUGAAAUCAGCUGGAAUUUCACAUUUGCAGGUGCAUCAGCUGCUUUUAGACUAGUUAGAAGUAACUUUGCAAACUUUUGCUUUGAUAAUAUAAAGGGUCUGGCUGCAGAGAGGCAUGGCAUAUUAGUGAUAACAGCUCCAACAUCUUGAUCCUGCACAAUAAGCAGGAAAAAUGAUCAAUGUCAGGCUGAUCUGUUUGUGAAAUUAACCGCCAUAUAAAGUAUUUGCACAUGUAAAACUCCAGUCUCCACAGAGGAACUAUUGCCAUCAGUCUUUAAUACAACAGCCCAAAUGUUUAUUUUUCUUUUUGCUACUGUGCAUUGAUAUCAUGCUUUGCACUUUGCAUCUGCAUUUGAGGGACAUUGUUCCUAUAAUUUGAAGAUUGGUUCCUUAAUUUUUCUCUGAAAAGCCAGUAACUUAUCUGAACAAUAGCCAAUUAAUUUUGUUCAGAAUAGUCAGGGAUCAUACCUUUACAAAUGCAACUAAAUUGUUCUCUGCGUUUUUCCUGCAAGGCUGUCAGGAGUGAUGAUAGUUAUUUUUAUGGCAGACAGAUUUUAUACUUUCACUUAUGAUAUGUUACAAAAAAAAAGGUUUGAGUUUAUUCCUGUUCAAGUAAACACAUCAACUGGUAAUUUAACCUUUCCAGCUGUAAAUUGAUUGUUUUCUUACCGAAGAUGUUCAUGAAAAAAGCUGCACAUCAUUUUGUAAAGGUCUGUGGCAUCUAAAGCACUUCUCAAUAACAUCAUCCUAUACUUCAGCACAGCAAUAGAGUUUUACAGGCAGCUUUUAGUAGCAGAUUGUCUACGAGAAUAGAUACCUGAAUGGAUAAUUUUCUCCUUCAAAUGCAUGGAUUUUUAAAAAAGUGUGUAAUUUCUUCAAAAAUGUACAAAUUUCCAUCAAUGAACUUGUAGUUUGGUGUUCUAGAUUACACAGCUUCCAUUCAUUCAUCUUUUGAUUUUAGUUUGAAGAGAGUCUGGCAGCAGAACAGAAGGAUGAAGUUCAGUUCUUCAUCAUUCUGAAAUUAAUUUAAUGUUUACUCCUUUAUCAUAUAAAACGUACCUCGAGAGAGGAAAAGUUUAGGUCACAAGAAGAAGGCCGUUUUAUGCUUUGUCUCAUAUGCAUUCAGUGCUAUUCAAGCAUUCAUACAUCUUAGAAUGUAAAACACUAAUUUGCAGUUUUUCCCACUUUGUGAUUUAAAAGAAAAUCCUCUCAACACUCAAAAGAUGUUCAGUCAUUGCAGACAUUGAGGAUAUCAAGCCAUGAAAAGUUUCAGGUGACAUUUUGUCUCAUUUUCCCCACAAACACAUCCUAAGGUGACAAGCAGUUGUCACAGUUAUAUAAACCAAAAUCCAGCCAACAUUUUUUCAGAAGUCAUGAGGGAUUUUCUGUUGCACAUGACCUCUAAUCAUAUUUAUCUAUGGUAAUGGAACUUCAAGCCUUGUUAAUAUGAAUUGUUUUAUUAUCAAAAAGUGAGAAUUUAUUAUUUGCUUAAAGCUAAUGAUAAUUUAUUGUAAAUAUUUAGAAAAUAUUUUAAAUAUGCAGCUAUAAAAUGCCUGUAAACUUUAUAAAUUGGCAUUUAAUGGCCAAUUAUGAUCAUCUUAAAAGCAACAUAAGCUAAAAAUUAUUUUUAACAAUGACAUAAGAUGCAAAUAAAUCUGCAUUUUCACUUUUUUUCUGACCAGAUAAGCAAUUUUAAACUUUCAUUUAAAGUUUUAUGACAAAAAUUAAUUUGAGUCAUGUCCUUUAAAAACAGGAAAGCACUACUAUUUGUGGAUGAUGGCAUUUGUUCAUCCAUCAUCUGUGGAAGCUUGUAACUAUGACUUAAACAAAUAUCAUCAUUGUUUUCUUUGAUAAAGAAAUAGACUUUGUUAACCAUAAUGUGUUGCAUUUGUGGCAGUUUAUUGCAACACAGAAAAUCCAAGGAUAAUCUACACAGGAAACGUUGGUGAGCUAUGUGGAAGUAAAUAGAUGAAGAGUCCAGAUUUCUCUCCCGCCACCAAAAAUCAUCUGCAUUUCAGAUACAUUGUACUGGCAUCUAUGCAAGCAUACAUGGUUUUAGGAAAACUGCAAGUUCAUUUAGUCAAAAUGAAUGUUGCACAACUCAUUAAACAGAUAUGUUAUUUGCUCACCAACUAGUAGUUAAUGUGAUACAUAAACUGACUGUUGACAAAUCAGGAAAAGAGCAUCUAAACUAAAGUAAAUUAAAAAUACAGUUUAAACUUUAAGGACAAGUUUGUGUCUCAUCCCAUGUUUUCUUCAUGUCACUCGCUGCAUCCAUUGCACUUUAUUUGGUUUAAGCUUUAAUACUAAACUGACUAAAUAGCCUGCACUAAAAAUGAGGCAUAUAUACUUUAUCCAUGCAGCACAGAACUUGAUUUAUACUUUUGAUUUUCUUCCACAGACUUAACAACAGUCCUGUACAGCAGCAGGCUGCAGUAUAUUACCACUGCACAAGGGGAUAUUUUCUUAGUUUGAGUUAAAGCUUGUUGUGUUAUUCAUAUUUAUCUACAGAACACUUUUUCACACAGUUAAGUGUAGCAAAAUGUGAUUUUUCAUGAAGUGCAGAACCAAGUAUUCUGCAAAAACUACACUGGUUUUGCUAAAAAUGAACUCUUGUAUUAAAUAAUCUUUGCUUUUGUUAUCAAAGAAAUUUAUAAUUCAAUAUUAGCCAACAUACAGUCAUGUUAUCAAGUUAUUACACAUUUAAAGAGCUUAUUUUCUUAUGAGAGGAAUAAAUUACUUUGAAAUCAAAAUAAAAUAAUUGUUUGUAUAUCAGAAACCAGGACAAUUAUGCUGCCAACUGAUUACCCUGAAAAUGUUGUUAUGGCCUGCAGGGACAGAUCAUCCACUGACAGACAGAAAAUGCUCCUCAACUGGAUCUGAUACUGAACAAUUAAUUUCUGUAUUAUAGUAUAGAUCUAAAUCAAGUGUCUUUUCAGCAUUUUUUCUUCUAAAUGAGACGAAAACUAAACAGCUUAUUUUGACGAGAAAUAAUAAGACAUUUAUUUCAGGAGGACCACAAAAUUAAACAUGUUAUUUAAUGUGGAUUACCGGAAAAUACCAGAUAUUUAAUUGAGAUAAGACAAUGCAAGCUUUGUUUCCUCCAAAUAAGACAAAAUGCUCCUAGAAAGCUUUGUUUCUCUUGACAAGAAGAAAUGAGAUGUUUUCUAGAGGUCACAGGACCAUGUUUCCACGAGAUAAAGAGAAAACUAACAAGGUCAUGUCAACUUAAAUAAAUGCCAGCUGUAUUUUAUUGGGAAUCCAACAUAAAUGUUGUUUUCUGGAAAUAGAAUAAGCUUUGCUAUUUUGUUUUGUUGGGUAUUGCAUCAAAAUAAAAAUACAAGCUUUGUUCACCAGAGAUAGUAUGAAAUUCUCAAUUAAGACAAUGAUGCACACAUAAUAAGAAAUCCCAUCAGAUUUCACAAAUGCAAGAAACAGAAACAAUAUUUCCACAAUAGGGUUAAUGUAACUGGAUGGUAAAUAGUCCAGAUGGUGCUAAUGCUGAUCUUGACAGCAGACACUAUGUACCUUAUAUAAACACAGGCAACGCAUUAAAUUCUGUAUUUAUGUGCAGAUGGUAAAGAGUUUAAAUUUUGUAUGGAUGUCAGGGUGGCGUGUAAUUUAAAAACUGAUAAAAUACAACUUAAUGAGCAUUUUCAGGAUCUCCGCAGAGCCUUAGUCCUUGAUUUUGCUGUUGUGUAAAUUUUACAAUCUUUAAAUUGAUAAAUAAUAAAACAAAUCAAAUCUCCUACUAUUUGCAGCAGAAACUGUUCAAAUAAAUUGUAGAAAUGUAACUAAUAUUCUUAAGUCUUCUCAUCAUAAUGCACUAAGAUAUUUCUGAUUACAUUGCAGAAACUCUUCUCUAACAUUAAUUGGAUUAUGAGACAUAAUCCAAACUUCAAUGGUAAUGAUGUAAAGGUAUAAUCUAAAUUAGACUACAACUAAAUGAAAACAUAUUACAUCAAUAUGACCAACUUGUUUGAAAUCACAAUAAAAUCAAAUUUGUUGUUGUACUGUGAAAUUAGCUUUUGCUUUGCAACUCUAUUUCCGCUUUGCCUUGGCUUAAAAAAACAAGCUUCCAUCUCCAUGUCAGGCUUUAAAAACUGUAUAAAUGAUGACUGCCAGCUGAAAGUUUUUAAAUGUAUUUAAAAGCUACUCUGAAACUCCAGCAUAUCAUGACAUUUGUUUCAUAUUCCUGUUUGCAAGUGUUGUAAAAAAAAAAUUAAACGCUCUAAUUGUCAGCCCAGCAUCUUCAGAAACUUGAUCAUUCAUUGCACUAAUGAUCUGUAAAGAGCUAAAAGUCUCAUAAAACUCAAGCCAUAUAAAAGCGUCGGUCAUAUAACUGUGUGCGAAAUCAUUCUCUGUAAAUCUUGCUUAUGUUGUAUUGUGACUAUUAACUCAAUACACUGUGACAAAAUAAAGCAGUGCCUAUAAAAUCCAA